AGCGAGAAAAGCCGUUGAUAUAAUACAAAAUUACGUAAUUUCUGAAGUUUUUCCUCGCAUCUCUACAUUUCUCAGCAAGCGAGAUAGAGAGGAACAGCGAGUGAUGUUAGAUAGAUCGAGAACGAGGCCAGCCCGAUCUGCAAGACCAAACCCUAACCCUAGCAACUUCCUCCACAGAUCGAUUUCGAUAAUCGUUUGAUUGCCUUUUCCUUGGGGAAAGACAGAUAUUGGAAGGAAGGAACGCCAAGGAGGAGGGAUCGGUGACUGUAGGAUCGAAGGGAGGAUGCCGGCGCACGGGGAUCUGGACCGUCAGAUCGAGCAGCUGAUGGAUUGCAAGCCGCUCUCAGAGUCGGAGGUGAAGACGCUCUGCGAUCAGGCAAGGGCGAUUUUGGUGGAGGAGUGGAACGUGCAGCCCGUCAAGUGCCCCGUCACCGUUUGUGGUGAUAUUCAUGGCCAGUUCUAUGAUCUCAUCGAGCUCUUCAGGAUUGGCGGCAACGCCCCUGACACCAACUAUCUCUUCAUGGGCGAUUAUGUAGAUCGUGGAUACUAUUCAGUGGAGACAGUAACACUCUUAGUGGCUCUGAAGGUUCGUUACAGGGACAGAAUUACAAUCCUUAGAGGGAAUCAUGAGAGCCGACAAAUUACGCAAGUGUAUGGUUUUUAUGACGAAUGCUUGAGAAAAUAUGGAAAUGCAAAUGUCUGGAAGUAUUUUACGGAUCUUUUUGAUUAUCUUCCUCUUACAGCCCUCAUCGAGAGUCAGAUUUUCUGUUUGCAUGGAGGACUUUCACCUUCUCUGGAUACACUCGACAAUAUUCGAGCCUUAGACCGUAUACAGGAGGUAUCAUGUUUUCACUUGUCAGAUAUUCUCUUCAAAUAUAUGUCUAAUUUCUAACAUUAAAAAUAUUAG